GAGUCAGAUUCCGAAAAGAUAACUAGAAAGGGGGAAUAUCAAAACAAAAGAUUGAACGUCCACCACAUGUAACACCAUGGUGGUUGUCUCCUCUCUCCACUCUUCUUCCAUCUCCAUUUACUGCAACCCAAUCUCUCCGUCACUUAUUUACUUUAGACGUGUCUAUAGAUUUCCCUCCACAAGGAAUAAUAACAAAGCAGCAGCUUCCAACUCCAAUGUCUUGCUCGUUAAGGCUUAUAUGGAUGAGACUACAAAUCCAAUUUCCAGUUUUGCUAAUAAGGUCAUUGGUUCCCUCCCUGUUGUUGGUCUCAUAGCUAGAAUUGUCAAUGAAGAAGGUGGUGUUGGUGGUGAUUUUAUUGAUUUUGCUGAGUUUAGGAGACGGGUCGGUAACAAGUGCUCUGUUAAUGAUUCUAGAGCUUUCUAUGAAUUUCGAGAUCGACAUGGCAAGACAGGGGAUCCUCUGUAUGUGCUACUAUGCUGUUGGUUAGCUGCAGUGGGAGCAGGUUUACUCAAAUCUGAGGAAAUUUUGGAGGGAGUAGCAAGGCUUAGUUUAGCAAAUGAUAUUGAAUUUGAAGAACAAAACUUCAUUGCGAUGAUGAAUGAAGCAAGAGAGAAGCGGGCAAAAUUGGGAGCUCCUAUACCUAAAAUCCCCAUGGAAAUUCGAGCUGAGAAGGCUCUGGAAGCUGUACAUGUGUGUUGCUUUGGAAGGGAUCUGAUUGAAGAAGAAGAUGAAAAACUGCUAACUACCAUGCUUACUGCUGUCUUUCCUACAGUCGGGCAGCAAAAGGUAGAAAGCUUUGUCAAAGAGAAGGCAAAGAGAGUGGCAGAUGGAACUGAAGAAAUCAAAUAUACAGAGCCCAAGCAGUUAUCAAAAGAAGCAGUUCAGAUGCAAAUGAAAGACCUUGAAUUUCUUAAGAAAAACAGUUUGAAUCAGUAAGGAAUGGAAUUUAUCAUCUCAAAGUAGAUUUAGGUACUGGUAGCUAGCACCAAGAGGAAGAUUAUCCCACAAACUUUUGGUGUAGGAAAUCACAUUCACAUGUCAUGAAUUGACACAUCUUCUUCACACGAUGCUGUUAACUAAUUUGACGGUGCAUGUGUAUGCUCCCGGCUAUCUUUCUUUUGUAAUCAGUCUGCAUUUUCUACUUUCAAUUGAAAGAUACAGAAGCUCCGAUUGUAUACUAGAAUUACCUGUUGCUAUAUACUAGAGUUGGCUGUGAAAAACUGUUCAAACGAUUACUUGUUAAAAGAUUCAAAAGCUUAAUUAUUGAUUUUUAGUUUUCUCUA